AUGGGCUCUGCUGCACGCUACCGGCCCUUGUCCCCGGGGAGCUCACAUAUGAUUGACCCUAUGAGAGCGUCUACGGGCACGGUGCAGCUUAGCUCCUCCUAUGAUCCCUACGACUCUACCGCUGGUCGCCAUGUGUACUCAGGCUAUCGCUCCGACGUUCCGUAUCUCCCCUCGUACGAUCCACGAUGUACAGUUCCCCCGCGAUUGGAAGCACACCCGGUAUCGAAGCAGACAUACAGGGACCACGGGAAGCCUACCAAAUUGAGAACCGAGUACGCCAUCCGGCCCAGACAACGCAGCAGUACCACGUCCGCAACAGAUUCACACGGCAGACUCGACAUACCUACUGGCUCUCCAGUCUCGAGGCACUCGCCGGUGAUACUGUCGGAUUAUGGCCGGUCUCCCAGCCCUCUCACAGACCAAGACGGCUACCUCAUGCCUGCGUCAUCUAAGCAUCAUCACAGGCGUCAUCACCGACACUCCUCAUCUUUCGACUACUCCAGUGAUACCGGGCGGGCUCCGAAUUCUCGAGCGCCCCAUGGUGCGUACCCGAUAUAUGACCACAGACGGCGAUACCCUCAAACCGGAGGCAUUCGGAAGGGCGAGGAUAUUGAUGACAUUGACGCAUACUCCUACACCAAUCCACGCGAGCAGUUUGAAAAAGAGGCCGCGGCAAAGUUGCGCUACCAUCAAAGCGCCAGGAAAGAACGCCCGUUGAGUCUAACCGGGAUCGAUGACCCCCAUUUCACAGGAAGAAAGGAGCCUCGAGCAUUGGGGCCUCCUCCAGCUCGGAGAGGGUUUGAGAAAAUGAGCCGGGACGAGGCGCGACGAUCUACACACGGCUAUGGCAACACCGAGCUUGACUUGGCAAGUCCUAGGCAACGGUCAUCGCCACGUUCAGUCACCCUGCAUCAGGAUCCCGAUGAAGGUUAUUCUUCGUUCAGAGACGAUAUCGACGACACUCGGCUCGUUCACCGCGAGCAUAAGCGCCCUGACAAGGACACGCGUGACCGAGAGCUUCAAGAUAGCCGUACACCGAGGCAGUCCUCCACCAAGCUAUCUGCGCCUUCUGUGUCCAGCAAUGGCCUGGGAACGGCGGUCUUAGCCAGUGGAUACUCGGAUGACCUGGACUAUGACCUCACAUCUCGCUCAAGUCGCCAUAGGUCCCGAGACCUAACAGUUCGUGAUCACAGCAGAUCGAGAAGACGGUCCAGACGGCGCGCGGAAAGUGAUUCUGAUGGGUACACAUCGGAUGACGACCUCAAAAAGUACCGGCGAGAGCCAUCUGUACGUCCCAGGAUCCCCGGUUCAGACAGCUCGAAAGAGAACGACCACCCGCACCGUCAUCGUUCGCGUUCUCGCCACCACGAUCCGUCUGCGAAGGAGAAGAAGCAGGAUAACCAGAAGAAAGCUGAAUCCUCGCCGCCCAAGGAAAACGACGCUCCGCCCAAGGGGAUUCUGAAGCCCCCACGCGACAAAUUCCCCGAAGAGCCGAACCCUGUCCGCGAGGGCGUCGCACCACUCAAGGAUGCCCAUAAGAAAGGGAUCCCCCCAGGGGCACGCUGGACAAAAAUCGACCGGCGGCUUGUGAAUCCGGCUGCACUACAGGCCGGUCAAGAGCGCUUCGAGGAACGACCGGAAUAUGUGAUAGUCUUGCGGGUGCUAAGCAAGGAGGAGAUCCAGGCCUACGCCGUCAAAACACAGGAAAUUCGAGAUAUCGAGACUACGUCAGCCAACGCCGCCGACGGCGAGAAGAAAGCCGGCGUCGUGGGUACGCGAUAG